UUUUUCCUCUUUCUCGUGUGCUUGACAUGGGCCAUGGGUUAAUCAGUCGCCGGUUGCUUCUGGAUGCUGACUUCUUAUUGCCGCGUGCCGAAAUCAAAUGCUUCACCAGCUUGUACAAGACAAUCUCACGAUUGCUACUGUUACCAGAGCUAGCACCAGGUCUCUUGUGGCACAUUGUGUCAAUGCAACAUGUGUUUGAUUGAUUUGCUGGUCUAGCUGACGUAGAGCUGCACAUAGAGUAAUACUAGUAGUUGGUUCUUCUAGUCUAUAUUAGCAUGUGGGCAUUGACUAGUUAAUUAAGGUCGCUGUUGCCCUAGCUUUGCUGUCGCCCUGCAACCGGCACCUGCCUUCAUUAUGGUAUAUUUGCGCCGGCCGGCGACCUCCUCCUUUUGUUCACUUCGACGGCUGGGAUGGUGUAACGUCAUCGGUGAUCGCUCCUAUCUUGGUUUUGAGGUCAAGAUUAUACAAUUGUGCACGAAACACAGCAAAGGUUCCUAGCUUAGACAUGUUGGGCAAUCUAGAUACUACUACAUGUAUGUUUAUCCUUAAUUUUUGCUGUCGCUUUGCUCAGUUAUAAUGUAGGCCUUUGACAUGGAUGUUAGCAGAAUCAUAUCAUUGGAUGAUUUGCUUGACUUUCCAUUUCAGCACAUGCGCAAUCAGUUUUCUUGAGUUACAUCGCCUAGUCUUCCAUUCAGUUUUCUUGAUCUGUUAAUGUCUUGCACUCUUACUGGACUAUCUCUGCUGACAAUGUAUGAUUGCUCUUAUUUUCCCCCAAAACUAUUUGCAGGCCUUGUAAAUUUUGAAGAUAUUGUGUAUCCAUAACUGGCAGCCUUCUAAUACUAUUAGCUCUGUCGCCUAUCUAUUAUUAACCUAGCACUUCUAGUAUCAUGCAUCGCCUUCGCUUGCGAAUUGCUCUUUGUACGUUGCAUUAAUGCAACAUGUUUGUAGUUGAUUUGCUGGUCUAGCUGAUGCACGUACAUUGAUGUGUCAUGCUUAUUGACUAGUUGAGCUCCAGCUAUAAAGCCUUUCUUGCUGAAAUAUAGUUACCUUACCCUGCAAACUAGCUCCCCCUGCCAGGCACCUCAUCAAUUGAUUGAUCAAGGCACCUGGAUACUGCACGUAAGCACAUUGAGUUUGAUCCUGUACACUUUGUUUACAUCAUCAAUGAGAUAUUCAUGCAUGGUCCCAACCAAACCUCAAUGCUAAUUAAUUAUGAGCAUACAUGUCAGGCAAUACCAAUAUUAUUUAGUAUAUUAUAUGCACCAGUUAUAGUGCCUGUACACCUAAUUUGAUAUCGAUGACAUGAUGUUAUGCUGAACUGUAUCGUUUGCUGAUUUGUUUGACUUUCAUUUCAGCACAUGCGUAUUUUGUUUUUUUUAUUGCACUGAUCCUAUCCUUCCAUAGACCUCCGGGAGCCAAAUUUGUCCAUUUGUUAGAUUUAGACCACGUGUGGUGUAACCAGCCUUUCCAACUACAAUGUUCUGUUCCAUGGGGGGGUGAGGAGGGGUAGUGUACUUCUUUCAUGUCCUGACCAACUCUCCUCGUCCUAGGAGAAUUUAUAUGGUUCAUCCAGUAAAACAGUCAAGCACAUAACUCCGAUGCUAUGUUAUUAUUAUUUUACUGUAGAGCAACGCGUGCUUAUAAUGCAUAUAUGAUCUGCAAAACGUAUGGUAGAAUGCAUGCAAACAUUUUCCCCAAAUGAACACAUGGAUUUCUAGUUUACAGAAGUAAUUUGUCAUGGUCAGCAAUAUAUAUUCGAUGCUUGCUGGGGUUACUAAAACUCCUUGAAGCUCAGCAAGAUUUGAUUCAGAAAUGCAAUUCCCCCUCCUACUAGCUGCAAUCAAAUCCAUCCCCAUCAAUUGGUAUGUGUUCUUUGAUUUUGACUAUGUGCAAGCAUCAUCUGAAAUGGUUGUUACAUGUCUAUAGUUCAUAGUUUUAAUAGUAUAGUAUAACAUGUUUAUAAUCAUGUCCACGAAGACAACAUCCAAGAGUGCAACUGAAAAAUAAAAAUCCCUCUAAUGUCUUUAAAGUUCAGUCUUCAUCUACUGUGCGUUUUAAAAUUGCCAAAUCAAUAUUGUAUUCCCCAUUUUCAAGUUUACAAGAAGGAAAAUAUAUUACAUGUGUGCUUACGUAGCAUAUAUUUACUAUUUGUACAAAUUAGGAAAGAAGCAGAUGAAUGCUAGUAUUUAUUAGCUUUCCUCAUAAGAUAUCCUCUAUUAAUGGCAUUUGAUACUGUAAUCAAAGUAUCAAACAUUUUUGUAAGAUCUUAUUUAGAAUGAUAUGAUAAAUGAUUCAUCUCUCUGCAACUUAUCGUAAGAAAUGUGGGCAUAAUCUUGUGAAAUCGUAGAUAUAUAUCCUUCCAAUUCCACCAUUAAUUGCAUUCCACUAAAUAAAUGCAUUGCCAUUCAACCUCAUAAACCACAUAUGUUUUCUCUAUAUAAACCCACACACACGCAACCCUCUUCUCACAACCAAACCAAGACCUAUCAGUCCCACCAUGGCAAGUUGCAAUCCCCUUGCCUGGCCAGAAACCAUUGUACCAGUGCAAACUCUUUCCAACGCUGGUAUGAGAACCUUGCCACAACAGUACAUCAAGCCUCCAUCCGAGCGUCCUAGUGGUAGCACAAACGAACCCAAACUUAGCAUCCCAGUUAUUGAUCUUGCUAGCUUCUCUAAUGUUCCUGACCAUCACCAAGCAAUGCUAAAAGCAAUGGCUCAUGCAUGUAAGGACUGGGGAUUCUUCCAAAUAGUAAACCAUGAUGUGGACAUGGAUGUUGUGAAGAGGGUGAGAGGUGCAUGGAGGGAGUUCUUUGACCUCCCCAUGGAAGAGAAGAAGGUAUAUGCAAACUUACCAGUAACUUAUGAGGGGUAUGGUAGCCGCCUCGGAGUUGAGAAAGGAGCAAUCUUGGAUUGGAGUGACUAUUACUUCCUAUAUGUCUUUCCCAGUGAUGUCAGGAACCUUGACAAGUGGCCAAAGAUUCCUACUGACCUGAGGGAAGCCACUGAGAAGUUUGCAUGCCAAUUGAUGAAUCUCAGUAAAGUUCUGCUCAAGGCUAUGUCCAGUAGCUUGGGAUUGCAGGAUGACUACCUCCAUAGUGCUUUUGGUGGCAGUGAUGGCAUCUCAGCUUCCAUGCGCAUGAAUUACUAUCCUAAAUGCCCACAGCCUGAGCUAACUCUUGGUCUCUCCGCUCACUCUGAUCCCGGUGGUAUCACCUUGCUCCUUGCUGAUGAUAACGUCGAAGGGACACAGGUGCGCAAGGGAGACUCGUGGGUCACAGUGCCGCCAAUUCCAGCUUCCUUCCUCGUAAAUGUUGGUGAUCAGCUUCAGAUCCUGAGCAACGGGCGGUACCGGAGCGCGGAGCACCGCGCGCUGGCCAACUCCAACAAGGACCGCUUCACCAUCGCUUUCUUCUGCAACCCACAAUGCGACCUUCCCAUUGCCCCAUCCAGCCAGCUCGUCGGCCCGGAGUCGCCAGCGCUGUACCAGAAGCCUGUCACCUUUGAUGAGUACCGCAAGUACAUUCGCACCAAGGGUCCCAGCGGGAGGAAGCAGAUCUUGUCUAUCAACAGCUCCAUGCAGCCAGAUCCUUCAGCUUGAUCCAUCUCUGCAUGGAUGCUUGUUUGGAAAUAUUAAGAACAGAUAUUUGAAUAGUUUGUUAGGUUCAGUCCAUCAACAAUAAUUUGUUAGGUUCAGUGCAUCAACAGCUCCAUGCAGCCAGAGCCUGCAGCUUUGACCCUUCUCUGCAUGCAUGCAUGUUGUUUUGGAAUAUUAUAAACAGGUUGUGAAAUAAUUUCUUAGGUUGCCCGUGAGCAGAAUCGUGCAUCAUGCUUGUAAAAUUUGUCAUAUGGUUUGGAACCUUUGAUAUAUAUUUUAGUUUGGCUUUCAA